AUGACCUCCAGGACGGGGCUUGACAAGACAAGCGAUUACGUGAUAAUAGAGGAGUCUGAAAGUUGGACGCUUAAUGGCUACACCAGAGUUGGGGUGAGCCUGAGGGCCGAAAUCAUCCUGUCCGAAAUGCCGAGGGCAGAAGCUUCGCUGCUUGCUGCAAGGCCGGAGAGGUGUUUGGGUAGACUGAAGAAGCGCUCCCUUAACGACGACGAGUUCGGCUGGCCCGGAAGUUGA